AUGGAAGAUAUUGACAAUUGUGUUGUUGAUGGAAUGACUACAUACAAUAAUAAUAAUAAUAAUAAUAAUAAUAAUAACAGUAAUAAUAGUAGUAAUAAUAAUAAUAAUAAUAGUAGUAAAUCAAAAGAAAAUAGUAAACAAUCAAAAGAUGAUGUAUUACAGACAUUGAAAACAAGAUCACCUUCACCACUGGCAGAGGUUGUCUUUACCAAUACAACACCACACAAGAGUCUACUUACUAUACCGAUACCACUUUCAUCAUCGAUGACACAACUGAUAAAAGAUGUAAAGUCAAACUUGAGUAAAUCAAAGAGAACCAAAAGAAAUAAAGAUAACCAAAGAAAUAGUAAUAAUAAUGACAUAGAUGAUAAUGAAGAUGAUGAUGAAGAAGAAGAUGAUGAUGACGAUGAUUUGGUUACAUCGCUAUCAUCAUCACCCAACACACCGUCAGUCAUUAGUGACACCGAUGAAAAUGGUCAUUCACAUGAAAAUCAAGUAGUACCAAACCAAACAGGUGCAACAUCCGAUUGUCUAUCGCCAUUCGAGUAUGACCAUACAACCAACACCAAACAUCCACUGAUAUCACCAUUGAUAUGUUCACCAAAGUUUAAAUCAAUUAUAGAUAGCAGUAUAGAUGAAAAUGAAUUAUCUUCAAUAUUUAAAAUACAACAAUUAAAUAAUAAUAGUAGUAAUACUAAUGGAAGCAACGCUAGUAGUAUUAAUAGUAAUAGUAAUAGUAAUAGUAAUGGAAGUAGUAGUAUUAGUAAUAGUAGUAGCAAUAAUAGUAAUAGUAAUGGUAAUAAGUGUAAUAAUAGUAUCAAUGGUGUAAAUAAUAGUGGUAUUAGUACACCAAUUAAGACCAGUAGUAGCCAAAGUAGUAGUAGUUUAUUGAGUGGGAAUAGUAAUGUAGAGAUAAUAGAGACAACUCCGAUAAGGAGUCGGAAUAACAGUUUUUCUGGCAAUGGAAGACAAACACCUUCUCGUUUGAAUAAAGAUAGAAAUGCAUCUCCAAUUCCUUUUGUAUUACCAACAACAACAACAACAACAACAUCUGCUAAUAGUACAUCGACAACUGACAUUGAUACACCAAGUAGUAGUAGUAAUAUAGAUAAUAGUAAUAGUAGUACAGUUGAAUCUAAUUCAAUAGCGAUGGCAAUGUCAAAAGUUAGAAAGGAUAGAUGGUCAUUCUCUGCUUAUAUCACCGAUGAAAUACAUGGUGAUUAUAUGCCAAUCAAUGUCGAUGACACGAUGAAGCGUGAACAGGUAUACAACUUUGUACAUGUACCAUGGGAGCUGGAGAAACUUCUAUCGUUUGGAUUUCUCAUUUGUUUAGAAAACUUUCUUUAUCUUUUUACAUUCCUACCAAUACGUAUUGUUUUUACAUUCUUAAAACUAUUAGCAUUACCAUUUUCAAAAAAAUACAGAUUAACAAAUACACAAGUCUAUGAUAUAUUUAGAACAUUUAUAUGGAUCAUUUCAUUUGCAUUUCUAAAUUUGGUAGAUUCUUCGAUGGUCUAUCAUCAUAUCAGAGGUCAAGCUGUGAUCAAGCUCUAUAUUAUCUAUAAUGUGCUGGAGGUUCUCGAUAAGUUGUGUUGUUCUUUCGGACAGGAUAUCUUUGAUUCACUCUAUUGGAUGUCCGUUAGUUUGAGAGGAUCGCAAACCAACUCUACAACAACCGGUAGUAGUUCAUCAUCAUCUACCGCCAAAUCAACAUCUAGUAGCAGCAGCAGCAGUAGUAGUAGUACACCGAGUAAAUCAACAUCAACUACAGCAACAGUACCACCACCACCAUUCAGUUCAAAAUUUCAACAGAUGGGAUCAGGCCAGAUACUUGCACCAUUCCAACAUAUCAUUGUCUGUACGAUCUAUGUCUGUCUCCAUUCACUCAUUCUAUUUACACAGGUGAUCACAUUGAAUGUUGCCAUCAACUCUUACAACAAUUCAUUGCUCACACUUAUCAUGUCCAACAAUUUCGUUGAACUAAAAGGUUCGGUAUUCAAACGUUUCGAAAAAGAGAAUCUAUUUCAAAUAUCAUGUAGUGAUAUCGUUGAAAGAUUUCAAAUAUUUAUAUACCUGGCAAUUAUAUUCUUUCAGAAUCUAAGUGAUUUAAAUUGGGAUUUGAGUGGCGAUUUCAUUUUGAAUAUGAUUGGUGUUAUUGUAUCGGUAUGGGGAUCAGAGGUGAUAGUCGAUGCUAUCAAGCAUGCAUUCAUUACAAAGUUCAAUAAGAUAUCACCGACCAUCUACGGAAAGUUUAGAACACACCUCAUAGACACCAUAUUGGAUACAAGAAACAAGAGUUUCUCUGAGAGUUCCUGGAGUAUCACCAGUGUCAUUGGAUUUAUACCGUUCCCUCUAGCAACAGUGGUGAAUCUCGAGAAAGAGGCAGAAGAUGAAGGAUUACCACUUCUGCCUUCAUCAGCCACCGCUGCUGCUGCAACUUCAACAUCUAAAAACAAAAAGACAACAACAUCGUCAAGAAAUACAAAGGCAGCAGCAAAGACAAAGACAACAAAGAACAACAAAAAGAAUAACAAACAAGAUAAAAUGGAUAUAGAUGGAAGUGAUGAUGAUGAAAGUGAAGAAGAAGCAGAUGAUGAUGAAGAUGAUGACGAUGAAGAUGACAGUCCUCCACCUCCAAAACAAUCAAGAUCAAAGAAAGCAGCUGCUCCAGCGAAACCAACCACAACCUUUAUUUUAAAAUAA